AUGUCGAUCGGCGCCCAGCAGCCUGCGAAGGAAUCCGGCGACGACUGCCUCGCUCAGAUAGACGCCGUUCUACCAACUUUGAGCUGUAGCCAACUACGUGCACUCAAGUCGAAAGUUGACGCGAUGGUAGCAAAGAUGUUCGCCUCAUUUCUAGGACUGCCUACCGAAAUCCGACUUGCCAUCUACGCAAAGUACUUCGAGCUAAUCGACGAGACUAUCAGGGUUGAGCGGCUGGUCGAGGAGUACGACUAUCCUGAGGAUGAGAGCUCGGUCGUCAUAGGCAUCCACGGAUGCACGAAUAUCCUCGAGGUCUGUCGCUCAAUCGCCAAGGAAGCUCGUCCGCUUCUUCAGUCCGCAAUCGAGCAGCGCAAAGUGCGCUUCUGCUUGGCCGAGCGGCGAGUGCCGGUCGCUAUCAACAAGUACCUCCGCUCGCCACACUCGAUGCUGAGUUCUGUCAAGACCGUGGAGAUCCCAUCCGACUUACAUGGCCCGUGGACAGAAAUUAUGACACGGAUGGAGGGUCUAGAAGGAAGGGAUAUUCACGUCGUGUGCCCAAGAGUCAUGGUCUCGACUUCCGAUAACGACGGGUCUGCACUGAAGUUAGAGUACGCUCUGUUCCAAAAAUAUCUCGGCAAUCGCUAUGAUAUCCUGGAGCCUACUAGCCAGCUAGAAGAUCUCGACUUCAGCAAAGCCUUUCCGACUGUCCUACGUCGCUCGCACAUAUAUGGAUGA